GCACCUGCAGAGGAGCGAGCAGAGGGAGGAGUGAAGUGUGUGGAUGCUUCGGUCGAGAGGGACUGCCUCUUUAUUCACUCGAACUCAGCGCAAGUUCUCUGACCAAGUUUCAUCGAGUAAGUGUUGGAAUGGCUGGAGGAGGAAUGGAGUUUCCCACCGGAAGGUUCUGCUGUGUGCUGUUGAGCCUCUUCGCAGGUUUGGUCUCGGGUCUAGAAAUCACAUCCACCGGGCCGACGUCCCUAGAGAAGGCCAGCGGUCAGAGUGUGAAGCUGGACUGCCAGUUUACUCUGGCCCCCGAAGAUUCUGGACCGCUGGAUAUUGAAUGGAGCUUGCUGUCGUCUGACAACCAGAAAGAGGACAAAGUGGUGAUCCUGUAUUCCGGCGACAGGUCCUACGAGGACUACUAUGAGCCAAUGAGGGGCCGGGUCCACUUCAACUCAGCCGACCCAAAGAACGGUGACGCCUCCAUUAACCUGACGGGCCUGAAAUCGUCGGACUCGGGGACUUACCAGUGUAAAGUCAAGAAGGCUCCCGGGAUCCGCAGCAGGAAGAUGCUGCUGAUCGUCAUGGUGAAGCCGUCCAAGCCCAGGUGCUACGCCGAAGGCCCCAUGGAGGAAGGCAAAGACAUUGUGCUGAGGUGCAUAUCCAACGAGGGCACCAACCCCAUGCAAUACAGUUGGGAGAAGACCAGCGACAGCAAGCUGCUGCCCAGCUCCGCUGUGAUGGAUCCAGUGGGAGGCACCAUUAACGUGAGGAACGCAUCUGCCAGCGCAUCAGGCGCCUACCGCUGCACUGCCACUAACCGGGUUGGCAAUGAGGAAUGUGUGCUGUAUCUCAAUGUGACGCCUCCACCCAACACUGGAGGCAUCAUCGCAGCAGCCAUAAUUAGCGUGCUUCUGAUUCUCCUCAUCAUCGCCCUCAUCCUCUUCUGCUGUUGCCGUGCCCGAAACAGGAAGAAGUACGAGAAGGAAAUCUGCAACGAGAUAAGAGAGGAUGUUCCUCCUCCAAAGAGUCGCGUCUCAACGGCGCGCAGCUUCACCGUGGGCAGCCAGCGCUCCUCCCUGGGCUCCAUGUCGCCCUCCAACCUGCACGAGUACGCCCUGAAGCCCCAGUACGACAAGAUCCCCUCGUCGGAGGAGUUUGAGAGGCCGCCGAACCACACCCCUCUGCCCCCGCCCAAUAUCGCAAGGAUGGCCGGCCCCAACCUCAGCCGCAUGGGGGCCAUCCCUGUCAUGAUCCCUGCCCAGAACAGGGAGGGCUCCAUCGUCUAGACCAGUCAUUUUCAGUGGAGGAGGGUGUGCUGCGUGUGGAGGGAAGGGCAGGGGGGUGCAGGACACGAGCCAGUGAAGAUGGAGCCAGGUUAGGCAAACUCCCCUGACUUUUAGCUCCUCGUCAUUUACAAACGGGAGUAUAACUGCUCCUAUGAAGGCCUGGUUCGGCUGCGGUACUGAGAAGAGAAAUUGAGUUGUACUGGAAUCAAUACAGAGCACAUUAACUUUUUAGCAAAUACAAAAAAACUUUUAUGAAUUUAACUUCCUGGACUUUCUCACUCAAAAAUAAAUAGGUGUGGGUAAAAAACAGAAUGGUCAAUAUACAAAUUAUAUUGUAAAUAAGCAAAUGCAUGUUUUUUGUUAUAGACUGCAAUUGCUGUAGAGACAUUGUAUGUACAAAACUGUACCCAGGGUGGGCGUGUGUGUGUGAGGCAGGGUGAAUAUAAGAGAAUGUUUUUAUGAGGGGGAGUAUGGAAGAUGUAUUGUUCUUCAACGUCUACACUACAGUAUGAUCAUCUGUCAGGUAAUUCAGUCUCUGCUCAUUUCUAACCUUUUUUUUAAUUCCAUGAAUUUACUUUUUAACUGUUUUUCUUCCAACCUUUUGGACAAAAUGGCCUUAUUUGGACAUUUGGAGAUUUUUAAAUAGUCGUUCGACUCCGUUGGAAAAAUGUCUAUUUAGGUCAGCGGGUUAUCCGCUGAACCAUUUGCUGUUUGAAUUUUUCGGGUUUGUGAGGGGGGGGGGGGGGGCUGAAGUAGACGGUAUUGGCUGAGGUUCAGACCACCACUUCUUAUGAUUAGUCGGAUUAUUGCCUCUUGACCGAGCUUUAUAAAAACAAAAAAAGACCGCCAUCCCUCCUCUCUGAGGAGGUAGUACAGAGGGAAAUAAAGGGGACAGCAAGGUCCACUGAGCAAUCCGCUUUGUGCUCGACUAUCAACAGGCCCAUAACCCCCGUGGCCUCCCGACACACAUUAGCAGGACAAGAGCACAGAGUCUUCAUCUAUCACUGGUAGCAUCAGUCAGUACCCCUCCCCCCUCAGCCCGCAGAUCUCCAGUAUAUGUAAUCCUCCUCAUUUGCAGUUGCAUUACAAGGAGCCAAUAUCUUGAUUAACCUUCUCCCUGUGGUCAAUAUGAAACCCUUCAUGUCCUCUGCAGCGUUAAUUGGACUUUUCAAUGAAGGAUGUGAAGCCCGCCGACAUGAAGAAAGUGGCCACAAAAGGGGCACGAAUGAGAAAAGCCACUGAAUGCUGCAUUAUGCCGCUCUGAUUCCACUUUAUAACCACUUUGUCUGGGUUCAUUGUGUAGUCUGUGCUAGAUAGUAUAAUUAUUUGUUCUGUUAGUGUUUGUGCGUUACUCUUAAACCAAGCCUAUUCUUCCAAUAUUAGCAAAACUGUUAGGAUGCCCAACAUCUCACUGUGUCUGCUACAAAAAUAAAAACAACACAAGAACAUGUACAUUUGGAUAUUUGGAGCAAAAUGUUUGCCCUGCAGCCUUAUUCUACGCUUUAAUGCAGCCUUACAUACUUCCCUCUGCUCACGUCUGCAAAGUCCUCACAGCCGGAUACUGUGCCUUGAGUUGUGUCACCUACGCCAUUGUGGGCUACGUACUAUGCAGUAGCAUCAUCCCAGAUGGCCAUCACAGCCCACAGACACCAGAACAAUAUAAUAAUCGGUACACAGUGACCCUAUCGAUUUGCUUUCCUUUGCCUCGGCCACUUCCAAUCCUGGAUUUCCCGCACCGCAUACACACCCCCGCAUAGCAUGACAAAACCUGAUUUUGUAUUUCCAAAACAUGGUCGUCAUUGUUUUUAUAUUUUACUUUAUUCAAGAUGAAGUAAAUGUGAUUUUAACAAAAA